UUUCAUUGUGGUCCUGCAGAGCUACGCCAUCACACGCAGCGGCUACGACGAGCAGUACGGUGACAUCAGGGCCACCACAGAGCCGCAGUCUUUAUUGCUGUGAAAUAAUUUCCUUACAACGGCAAUGUGAUAUAGUCCUGUGGAUUAUUAGACGCGUUUGAACUGGGCCUCUGUUUUGUCAGCGCACAAAGCAAUGUGGAGGAAAUAAAAAUCCUGAGACGCUGAGAACAAGAGAAUCAGCUCAUUCUCCAACUCAGUGUUCUCCACCCCCUGGACCCACCAUCAAGCUGCUGAGCUGACCAUUCCCUGAGGCUGAUGAUAAGUGUACUGUCCGCACCACAGAAGAUUAUAGAUAAUGGGCUGUGUGCAAUGCAAGGAUAAGGAAGCAACCAAACUCACAGACGACAGAGACACCAGCAUCUCCCAGGGAGCGGGCUACCGCUAUGGGGCUGACCCCACACCGCAGCACUACCCUAACUUCGGGGUCACUGCCAUCCCCAAUUACAACAACUUCCACGCCCCCGUUGGACAGGGGAUGACUGUCUUUGGCGGGGUCAGCACUUCUUCUCACACCGGAACCCUUAGGACUCGUGGUGGGACAGGAGUCACCCUCUUUGUGGCACUUUAUGACUACGAGGCGCGGACAGAAGACGACCUCAGCUUCAGGAAAGGAGAAAGGUUCCAGAUUAUCAACAGCACUGAAGGGGACUGGUGGGACGCUCGCUCGCUCACCACCGGUGGCAGCGGCUACAUUCCCAGUAAUUACGUCGCUCCAGUGGACUCCAUCCAGGCUGAGGACUGGUACUUUGGCAAACUGGGCCGUAAGGAUGCAGAGAGGCAGCUGCUGUCCACUGGCAACCUUCGAGGAACCUAUCUCAUCCGGGAGAGUGAAACCACAAAGGGUGCCUUCUCCUUGUCCAUACGGGACUGGGAUGAUGUGAAAGGUGACCACGUCAAGCAUUAUAAGAUCCGCAAACUGGACAGCGGCGGCUACUAUAUUACCACCAGGGCGCAGUUUGACACGUUGCAGCAGCUGGUUCAGCACUACUCAGACCGAGCCGCCGGGCUCUGCUGUCGCUUAGUGGUUCCCUGUCACAAAGGGAUGCCCCGCCUCGCCGACCUGUCGGUCAAAACCAAAGACGUGUGGGAGAUCCCGCGGGAGUCGCUGCAACUCAUCAAGCGUCUUGGGAACGGGCAGUUUGGGGAGGUCUGGAUGGAGAGUGCAGAUGGUUUGUGCUUUAAUUUAACGGGCGUAUGUAUAAACUACAUCCCUGACACUGUGGGCUUGAGUCAUGAUGCCUGGGAGAUCGACAGAGAAGCUCUUGUGUUGGAACUAAAGCUGGGGACAGGAUGUUUUGCUGAUGUGUUUUACGGAACGUGGAACGGCACCACGAAAGUGGCGGUGAAGACUCUGAAGCCUGGCACCAUGUCCCCCGAGUCCUUCCUGGAGGAGGCUCAGAUCAUGAAGAAACUCCGCCACGACAAACUGGUGCAGCUGUACGCCGUUGUGUCUGAGGAGCCCAUUUACAUCGUCACAGAGUACAUGGGCAAAGGAAGCCUGCUGGAUUUCUUGAAGGAUGGAGAAGGACGAGCAUUGAAGCUGCCAAACCUGGUGGACAUGGCAGCACAGGUGGCCGCCGGCAUGGCCUACAUCGAGAGGAUGAACUACAUCCACAGAGACCUGCGCUCCGCCAACAUCCUUGUGGGAGACAACCUGGUCUGCAAGAUUGCCGACUUCGGCCUGGCCCGUCUCAUCGAAGACAAUGAGUACACCGCUCGGCAAGGUGCUAAGUUCCCCAUCAAGUGGACCGCCCCGGAGGCCGCGCUGUACGGAAAGUUCACCAUCAAGUCCGACGUGUGGUCGUUUGGCAUCUUACUGACGGAGCUGGUCACCAAGGGUCGGGUGCCUUACCCAGGCAUGAACAACCGUGAGGUGCUGGAGCAGGUGGAGCGAGGCUACAGGAUGCCGUGCACCCAGGACUGCCCCAGCUCGCUGCACGAGCUGAUGCUGCAGUGCUGGAAGAAGGAUGCCGAGGAGCGGCCAACCUUUGAGUACCUGCAAGCCUUCCUGGAGGACUACUUCACAGCCACCGAGCCUCAGUACCAGCCCGGGGACAACCUCUAAACCCCUCUCUCCCGCUCGGGGUCGACCCGGGACUGGGGCAGGACUGGCCCAAUCAGUGCUGUUACGAAAUUCUGGAUCCUUCCCAGCCAUAACUUUAUUUUAGGGAUCUGUACAGCCUCCUCAGCUCAAUUCGAGCAUUUCAGUUCCACCAUCAGCCCCUGAAACACAAGCCUCGGUCUCUGACACGCCCCCUAGUGUCUGAACUCUGCAAAUGUGAUAUUUACAGAAGUUGAGGAGGUGAGAUGGAAGGUGGACGGAGUUAACUGGGGUUGUGAUAAUGCAAUGAAAUACCUGUAUUCAUUGUAAAUAAGAAAGGCUUGUUUUAGUUUUCUUGUUUGCUUCCUUUCAGAUUUUAUUUUCUCCUGCACAAAAUAAUAAUAAUGAUAAAAUCGCUAAAGAGAACCAUUUGAGCAGAGUUAAUCUGUACGUGUAUUAUACUGUAGCUCCUGUAUUCUUUUCUAGAGAUUGAAUGGGAAGCAUCAAUAUAUAUUUUUUUUUUCAAUUUCCAUCACAUGUAAAAAGAUUCAGACCAAUUAUUGCUUUAUUCUCAACUUUUCAGUUAGUAGUAUAGGAGAAACUUCUUGAACCAAGCAUGACCCAGUCCUCCAUCAGCCUUUUUCUUUUCUUUCAGCCCCACCCCCACCCCUAAAGCAUCCUCUGAGUGCUAGUCGUUAGGUUACUACUGUAUGGAUCAAGGUUCUUUUACAAAUGAUAAAAUGAUAUAUGUCACAUUUUUGUAAAUUACAGCCAAGCGUGUAAGGAUUUUCAACAUAUCCCUCCACGUGUAUGAUUUUUGAGAAAAUUUGGGUGCAGAUAUUUCAGUCUUUCCACAACAAGUGUUUUUGUUUAGCUGUAAGAAAGAAAGGUUGAAUUAAUUUAAGAAGAGAGUAUCUAUGUCUUAUUUGAGCUGUCUUUCCAGAGGAAACAGCUGAACCUGGACCACCUCACCUCCUGAGUUAUUUCUUCUUUUAUGUUUCACUGACACGUUUAUGUUCUCAGCAUUUGAGUCUUUGGUUUUUACAGAGUAUGUUUUUAUUUAACCUUUAUAAGUGAUCCUUUAAGAGUCAGUUGUGCUGUAUGUUCGGCGGAGGUUUGGGGCUUUCUCAUGUUGCAAUUCCGAAAAGAAGUUUUAAGAUUUUAAGGUUUAAAUUCAGAAAGAAACUCGGUGAACUGAAAAUGAACCGAACGCAACCCUGAUCCGGUCUAAACGCAGAUGGUUUCACGCUCAGUGGAAACGCAUCAUUUUUCAGUUGUACCACUCAAUGGUUUUAAGUGUUGCUAACUUCCCUCCUUCAUACAUAAUGUUUUCGUUUCCAUUUUUAACUUGUUUUGUUAUUUUGGUAAUUUGCUGUUUAAAAUUCCAAGAACAAUAAACAUUUUACACUCUU